AUGGCUGUUAAUAUCACCAUUGAGGUCGACUACUAUCGUCCUGUCUACCUUGAUGGCUCCAGCACCGUCUUGUUGCAGUCUCCUGUCUCCCCUGAGCGCCAGCCCAGUAAUGAAAUCCUCGUCCGCCAGGACCAGGGGCAGUACAAAAAUGAAGUCACCUUCAAACCAGCGGCCCAAGUUAACAGACUCAGCAGCGGUUCUGGCAGCACAUACGCCCACGGGGUCAUCAUCCAGUCCCACGCGGAUCAAGGCUACCGCAAGGGGGAUCGAGUGUGGCUGACGGAGACGGCCUGCGAGGACAAAAACGAGUCUAUACAGGAUCAGAAGGACAUCAUUGCUGUGAACCUCCGAACAUGGGAACCUAUCACCGUGGCACUCGACGACGUGUGUUGGAUCCCAAAGUUCCGCAAAAUCGACUGCGGAGAGGACGAGGAGGAGCUCUUGACCAUCUCCGGACCUCCGGUGAGAAAACACGAUAGGAAAAUAUACCUUCUAGCCAUAGUUCAACGGUUGCGUGUCAGGAAUGGUAUCACUAGGAUAGACAAGGUCGAAGUUAGGGAGAUUGUGGAGCAGGCGUCCUUUAAGUACCAAAACUUGACAGCCCUUCCCGAUGGAAAGCGGAGGACGAACGACCUCUUCCACCGCAGUCUUGCAGCAAUUGCCCCUGCCUUUUUCGAGGCAGGUCUUCAAGGGCUGAUCGCAAACCCGUGGAGCACAGGCAUGCCACACACCGGGAGAGGCCCUGGCCAGGCUAUCAGCUUGGCCACGCCACCGCCUGAAGAGGAGUUCUCUGAUGAUGGCUCCCCGAACUUCAGCACCAGUCUCCCGCUUACCGAGGGCGAAGAGGACCCGGACGUGAAGCGGAAAAUGCAGGAGCUUCAACGCGUGGUCGAGGCCAAGAAGGCCCGGAAGUGCAAGCCUCUACUUCCAGCUGGUCCGCCCCCAGCGGACAUUUGCAACCUCGGCUGGCAGUGCCCGACGCCGCACACGGUCUUUUUCCAGACCAACCGGCCCAGCCUCGAGAACCUGUACCCGCGACACCACCACCGGCCGGACCACGAGUGCCCCAUCGGCGCGGCGCACAGCGUCCACUGCGUCUUCCGGUUCCUGCCGGGCAAGGACGUCGCGGACAAGCGGCUGUGCAUCAUCCCGGCGACGGUCAAGCACCACUGCUGCGAGACGAACGCGCGGCCCGUCAACAAGACGUUCCGCCGCCGGCCCGACAUGAUCGACGGCGGGCGCGGCAGCGUCCAGGUCACGGGCGGCAGGGGCACCAUCAGCAUGGUGUCCGGGCGGGACGAGCUCGUGCACUGCGGCGUCCCCGUCGAGGUCCGGUCCAUGCCGUUCGUGGCCGAGCGCGACCUCGACGAGCUGGGCCGCCGGCUGUACGGGUACGAGGGGAAGCUGAGGGUUGUCGAGUGCGAGAGCGAGGUCGGGCACGCUCGGGAUGGGAGUGAUUCGCCCGAUGACCGCGCCGGCGACGGCGGAGGCGAAGACGGGGCCAGGACAUGUCGGCUUCGGGCCGUCCCGGGGCUCUCGCGUGAACACCAGCAGAUCCACGAGGGCCGGUCGUGCGUGCUGGAUGGCCCGUCUCUUGGGCCGUGCCUUGCCCGGCCGUCGCUCCCACCUGCUCCCGGGUCGGCAGCUUGCCGCCCGAUUCUCUUGAGGGAGCAAGAAGAAGAUGUCUUUGGGGAUAGGCAUUUCUAUGGCGACGACGACUAUGAUGAGGAAAUGGAGAUGGAUGACGGCUGA